AAAUUUCCUGUGCCGUUUAAUAUUACUGACGUUUCUAACACGACAUUUCGGGAUAUAUUUCGCUUGGGUUUGUGUCUACCUUUACCGAAUCCUCUACAUGAUAAUGGCCCGCGUAUACUUUACGUACAUGGGUCUUUACCGGAAAUAUAUAGUGUGGAAGAAGCGAUGACUGUCAACUUUGUUCUGCAAGAUAUUUUCAUGUUAGAAGAUGACUAUGCUGUUGUUAAUGGUUUGAUAGCGAUUGUCGAUCUUAAGGCAUUCACUUUCUCAUAUGUUUUUCAACUGACUCCAAUAGUUUUAAAAAAAUUCAUUGCAUACAGUCACGAAUCAAUACCAUUACGAAUGAAAGCUAUCCAUAACAUAAACGCGCCCAAAAUAUAUGAUACUGUUUACCAAAUGUUCUUACCGAUUUUGCCACAAAAAUAUCACAAUAGAGUACGUGAACAAAACAGUCGUUGAAUUUUUAUACCCAUCAUCAAAGAGGUAUAUUUACUUCGUCAAGACGUUUCCAACAGGAAGCUUGUGAUACCCCAUAAAGUAUAUACAUUCUUGAUCAGCAUCAAAUUCUAAAUCAAUUUAAGCAUGUCCGUCGGCCCGUCUGUGUAAUGUCUGACACUUGUAAACACCGUCCUGGCCUAAUUCAAAUUAGGCACAAACAUUGGAAGUUCUUGCACGCAGGUUGAUAUUGAAAACUGGUCGAAGGACACGUCUACAUUAUUACGUAAAGUAAGGACACAUCAAUAAUAAAAAAAUGGUAUUUUGAUCACUACUCACCUAUAUCAGAUAAACAUACAUCGUAUCUUCUGUGGGUGAUGCUAUACUACCUUCAGAAAAAUGCAAAAAUUGGCCUCGCCUUAAUUUUAUAGUGCGUCAAAACUUCUUCUUUUUUCAAAACUCACAAGAACAAGGUUCAAAACCCCCAUAAAGUAUACAAAUUCGGAAUACCCAUAAAAAUGCCCGUACAUUCAUCUGUCCAUCUGU